AUGGAGGGAGAGUUGGCGGGAGCGUUGCCACCAUCUCUGCUCUCCGCGGACGCAAUCGAGCCCAGGGAAUCGUCUCAGGCAGUGCCGGCACUUCCCGAUCAUCAACUGCUUGAGGACUGGGCCCGGCUCUGGUGCAGAGUUUGGGUCUGCUUGCGACUGCAUAGUUUCUCUCAGCCACACCACCGACCCUCCCGUCCGCCGCCCAAAAAGUCGCGCAACAAUAUCCUCAAAAUGUCCAACGACCUCGAGUGGCUCCUUCUGCGCAAAAACAACUCCUUUAUUGUGAAGCGGGUCGAGGAGGGCCCCGUCUUCUCAAAGGAGCCCACUAUCGAUGUCAGGGACAGUGAAUCUGGAAUUCAAUUGAUCACCCGCAAGAAAGGCGCAUCGUCACACGCCGUUCGCCCCGGGUUUGCUACUUCGACUAUCCGUCCCCGCUCAGGCGGGCGUCGCGCGCUUGGUGUCGCUGCUAAGCUCGCAAAGCGCGGAUACCGCCCAGAUCUCCGUGCAGCUACCCUUGCUCGCGUAUCUGCUCUCCUCGUCGCGCAGAAAGAGAAGAAGCCCUCACCACCCAAGAAGGUUCGGGGAAAGAAGAAGACUGCUACUGCAUAG